AGCAUCCUGGGAUAGUACAGAGCAGGAAUUCCCAGGAUUUCCAUGGAGAUUCCCACGAUUCCAUCAAGAAUUCCUGGUAUUUCCUCUUUGGCAGAACAGGAAUUCCCAGGAUUUUGUCUGGGAUUCCCAGGAUUUUCUCAGCACCUCUGGCAGAACAGGAAUUCCCAGGAUUCCUCUUGGACAGAACAGGAAUUCCUGGGAUUCUCUGUGGACCUCUGGCAGGACAGGAAUUCCUGGGAUUUCCUCAUACUGGAAUACUGGGAUUUCCUGGAGAAUACUGGGAAUUCCUGAGGAAUAUUGGGAAUUCCCAGGGAAUGCUGGGAUUUCCUGGAGAAUAUUGGGAAUUCUCAGGGAAUAUUGGGAAUUCCCAGGGAAUACUGGGAAUUCCUGAGGAAUACUGGGAAUUCCUGAGGAAUAUUGGGAAUUCCCAGGGAAUGCUGGGAUUUCCUGGGGAAUACUGGGAAUUCUCAGGGAAUAUUGGGAAUUCCUGGAGAAUUCCUGGAAUACAUGCCUGGAAGUUGAGCUGCCAGAGGGGAAGGGGAAGGAGCAGGGAUUUAGAACAAGGAACAAGCUGGAAUUUUGGGAUCUCCUGGAUUUUCCUCAGCACCCACCAAUCUCUGGGAAGCCGAGGAUGAGCUGGGAAUGGGAAUAUUCCAGGAUAUUCAUGGAAUUAUCAAGAAAACGCACAGCCAGUGAUGCCACUGGGCUUUUCCAGAGGAAACCUUGGAUUUUGGGAUUUUCCUCCAUCCCUGCUGCUCUGUGGCAAUCCGAGACGAGCUGGGAAUAUUCCAGGAUAUUCAUGGAAUUACUGGCUGACCCUAUCAAUGGGGUUUUCCAUAGGAAGCCAUGAUUAGAAACAAUUCCCAAUUUCUUUAGCUAUCCCAAAAAACCCCGUUUAUUAAGAAUUCCCAUUUUCCUUACUUUUCCCGCGGAUUCCAGUUGUUCCCGCUGGAUCCGAGAGCGUUUCCCGGGACAAGGAAUCCGGGAAGAGCGAGCGGAUGAGCGAGGACAUCCGGAUCCAUUCCUGGCCUUGCUCCUAUUACCUGGACAGCUGCAAACAAUGGAUCCCCGGGAAGCUCUCCCUGACUCCCGUUUCCAUCCGAUUCACGGCUGACAAAAACGGGCAACUCCUGGUGGAUUUCCGACUUUCCGGGAUCAGCGAAAUCAAGAAGGAAUUUUCCCAUUUCGUCUUCAGCUCCUUGACGAUCCUGGAGAAGAGCAGCAAGCACUGGUUCAGUUCCCUGCAUCCCAACAGGAAUGUGGUUUUCAAUAUCCUGGAGCAUUUCUGGAGGGAGCAGCUGCUCUCCGAGGCCGGGGCGGGAGCGGCGUUGGAAUACGGAAAAGGGAAGGAAUUAACGGGAAUGUUGGAGGGAUCCCAGAAACGCCUGCAGGACACGGCCCAGGUGCUGCAUUCCCAAGGGGAACAGUUCGAUUCCAUCAUGAGGGGACUCCACAAAAUCGAGGGGGACAUGGAUGUGGCCGACAGGCUGUUGACGGAGCUGGAAUCUCCUUCCUGGUGGCCCUUCAGCAUCAAACUCUGGAAAAACCCUUUGGAAGCGAAACCGAAGGAAAACCCCUCUCCUCCCGAUCCCAAAAUCCAGGAAGGAAUCCUGCUGAGAAUUCCCGUCAUCAUCACCCACGGGCCAGAUUCCAACGCCAAACCUGCCAAACUCACCGUGUUUUCAUCCGCCUUGGAAAUCAGGGAUUGCAAUUCCCAACUCCUGCAGCGCUUCCAGUCGCGGGAUGUGGAUGAAAUCCGCGUGCACACCCCGUACGAGAUCAGCGUCCGGCAGAGAUUCAUCGGGAAACCCGACAUUUCCUGCCGCCUCCUGGCGGCGCGGAUGCCCGAGGCCAUUCCAAUCCUGCAGAUGCAGUUCAGCAGGAAAAUGCAGUUCUUGGAGGAUGCGCUGGGGUUUGCCGGAGCCGGGAAAUCUCCCCAGGGGGAUUUCUGGCGGGCAGGUGGGUGCUGGCGGGGAAUUCCCGGCUCUGAAGGUUUCUGGGUGUUUGCUGAGGAAUAUUGCAGGGAAUUCCUGGUGAGGAUAAAUCCAGGGAAUGAACUCUGGGUGGCUUUGGAGCCUUUGGUGCUGCUGCUUUUCCUGGAGUUAAUUCCCAGCUGGAAGGAAAUAUCUGAUAUCCAAUAUCCUGGAUCUCAUAUCCAUUGUCCAAUAUUUAAUAUCCCACAUCCCACAUACAAUAUUUAAUAAUCAAUACCUUAUAUCCCAUAUUUAAUAUCUCACAUCCCAUAUCCCAUAUUUAAUAAUCAAUAUCCCAUAUCCCAUAUUUAAUAUCUCACAUCCCAUAGCCAAUAUUUAAUAAUCAAUAUCCCACAUCCCAUAUUUAAUAAUCAAUAUCCCAUAUCCUGUAUUUAAUACCCCAUAUCUGAUAUCCCAUAUCCAAUAUUCCAUGUCCCAUACCCAGUAGUUAAUAAUCAAUAUCCCAUAUCCUGUAUUUAAUAUCCCACAUCCCAUAUUUAAUAAUCAAUAUCCCAUAUCCCAUAUUUAAUAUCCCACAUCCCAUUUCCAAUAUUUAAUAAUCAAUAUCCCAUAUUUAAUAUAUCACAUCCCAUAUCCAAUAUUUAAUAAUCAAUAUCCCAUAUUUAAUAUCUCACAUCCC